UAAAAUGUAUAUGAAUCCAGAAAUGUAUUUGAUACACUAUAUUGUCAAAAGUAUUGGGCCACCCCUCCAAAUCAUGUGAUUCAGGUGUUCCAAUCCCCUCCAUGGCCACAGACAUGCAGACUGCUUCUACAAACAUUUGUGAAAGAAUGGGUCACUCUCAGGAGCUCAGUGGCUCCAAGCGUGGUCCCGUAAUAGGUUGUCACCUGUGCAAUAAGUCCAUCUGUGACAUUUCCUGUCUACUAAGUAUUCCACGGUCAACUGUUAGUGGGAUUAUAACAAAGUGGAAGCAACUGGGAACAACAGCAACUCAGCCAAAGUGGUACACACAUAAAAUGACAGAGCGGGGUCACCAGUGCUGAAGCGCACAGUGCGCAGAAGUCACCAACUGUCUGCAGAGUCAAAAG